AUGGUGAAGUUCACAGCAGAGGAGCUCCGUAAAAUUAUGGACUACAAGCAUAAUAUCCGUAAUAUGUCCGUCAUUGCUCAUGUUGAUCAUGGGAAAUCUACUCUCACGGACUCUCUUGUGGCUGCUGCUGGUAUUAUUGCCCAAGAGGUUGCUGGUGAUGUUAGAAUGACAGAUACCCGUGCUGAUGAAGCUGAGCGUGGUAUUACCAUCAAGUCCACUGGUAUCUCGUUGUACUACGAGAUGUCUGAUGAGUCCCUGAAGAGCUACAAGGGUGAGAGAAAUGGCAACGAGUACCUCAUCAAUCUCAUCGACUCUCCCGGGCACGUUGAUUUCUCGUCUGAGGUGACGGCUGCCCUUCGUAUUACUGAUGGUGCUCUUGUUGUGGUGGAUUGUAUUGAGGGCGUGUGUGUCCAGACUGAGACUGUCCUCAGACAGGCCCUUGGUGAAAGGAUUCGCCCUGUCCUGACCGUUAACAAGAUGGAUAGGUGUUUUCUCGAGCUCCAGGUUGAUGGUGAGGAAGCCUACCAGACCUUCCAGAGGGUCAUUGAGAAUGCCAAUGUGAUCAUGGCCACUUAUGAGGAUCCUCUGCUUGGAGAUGUCAUGGUUUACCCCGAGAAAGGCACAGUUGCCUUCUCUGCUGGUCUGCACGGCUGGGCUUUUACUCUGACCAACUUUGCUAAGAUGUAUGCCUCUAAAUUCGGUGUCGAUGAGUCUAAAAUGAUGGAGAGGCUGUGGGGAGAGAACUUCUUUGACCCGGCCACCAAGAAGUGGACCAACAAGAGCACCGGGUCCCCCACUUGUAAGCGUGGCUUUGUCCAGUUCUGUUAUGAGCCCAUCAAGCAGAUUAUCAACACCUGUAUGAACGACCAGAAGGACAAGCUGUGGCCCAUGCUUCAGAAGCUUGGUGUCACCAUGAAGUCUGAUGAGAAGGAGCUUAUGGGCAAGGCAUUGAUGAAGCGUGUCAUGCAGACCUGGCUGCCCGCCAGCAGUGCCCUGCUGGAAAUGAUGAUAUUCCACCUCCCCUCCCCUGCCACUGCCCAAAAGUACCGUGUGGAGAACUUGUACGAAGGCCCACUUGACGAUACUUACGCUAAUGCCAUCAGGAACUGUGAUCCCGAAGGCCCCCUCAUGCUCUAUGUGUCUAAGAUGAUUCCAGCCUCCGACAAGGGGAGGUUCUUUGCCUUCGGUCGUGUGUUUUCCGGCAGGGUUUCAACUGGCCUGAAGGUCAGAAUCAUGGGUCCCAACUACGUCCCAGGCGAGAAGAAAGACUUGUACGUUAAGAGCGUCCAGAGAACUGUCAUCUGGAUGGGAAAGAAGCAGGAAACUGUCGAGGAUGUGCCCUGUGGCAACACAGUGGCCAUGGUUGGGCUCGACCAGUUCAUCACCAAGAAUGCCACCCUUACCAAUGAGAAGGAAGUUGAGGCCCAUCCCAUCAGGGCCAUGAAGUUCUCCGUCUCGCCCGUUGUGCGUGUUGCUGUCCAGUGUAAGGUUGCAUCUGACCUCCCCAAGCUUGUUGAGGGUCUGAAGCGUCUGGCCAAGUCUGAUCCUAUGGUUGUCUGUACCAUUGAGGAGUCUGGGGAGCACAUUGUUGCUGGUGCUGGCGAGCUUCAUCUCGAAAUCUGCCUGAAGGAUUUGCAGGAGGAUUUCAUGGGAGGUGCUGAGAUCAUAAAAUCAGACCCUGUGGUUUCCUUCCGUGAGACUGUCCUCGAGAGGUCGUGCCGCACGGUCAUGAGCAAGUCCCCCAACAAGCACAAUCGUCUCUACAUGGAAGCCCGCCCCUUGGAGGAAGGUCUGGCUGAGGCCAUCGACGACGGCCGGAUUGGCCCGAGGGACGACCCGAAGGUCCGGUCGAAGAUCUUGGCUGAGGAAUUUGGGUGGGACAAGGAGCUUGCCAAGAAGAUCUGGUGCUUUGGGCCAGAGACCAUCGGCCCGAACAUGGUGGUGGACAUGUGUAAGGGAGUGCAGUACCUGAAUGAAAUCAAGGACUCUGUGGUUGCGGGUUUCCAAUGGGCCUCCAAGGAGGGCCCGUUGGCUGAUGAAAACAUGAGGGGCAUCUGCUUUGAGGUCUGUGAUGUUGUUCUACACGCUGAUGCUAUUCACAGAGGUGGCGGGCAAGUUAUUCCGACUGCCAGGAGGGUUAUCUAUGCUGCUCACCUAACUGCCAAGCCUCGUCUGUUGGAGCCAGUCUACUUGGUCGAAAUCCAGGCUCCCGAAGGGGCCCUCGGAGGUAUCUACAGUGUGCUGAAUCAGAAGAGAGGGCAUGUGUUUGAGGAAAUGCAGAGGCCCGGUACCCCUCUGUACAACAUCAAGGCUUAUCUGCCGGUCAUUGAGUCCUUUGGUUUCUCAAGUCAACUUCGGGCUUCAACUUCAGGCCAGGCUUUCCCACAGUGUGUGUUUGACCACUGGGACAUGAUGAAUUCAGACCCGUUGGAGGCUGGGUCUCAGGCAGCCACUCUCGUUGAAGAGAUCAGGAAGAGGAAAGGUAUGAAGACGAACAUUACCCCGCUGUCUGAAUACGAGGAUAAGCUAUCCUUCUACAAUUCGGUGGAUCUGUCCAAUGACGAGAAUCGCCCCUUCCCGUGCGUCUGGCGGAAGUAG